AUGCAUUGCGUACUAGGGCGAAUAUUGCUGUGGUUCUCGAUAGCAUAUGUAAGCGUCAUAGAAGCGCUCGUCCUUCCACCCUUGGGGGAGUAUGAUCCCUUAGAGCCAUUGAUGAAAAGAGAUACAUCUACGACACUUGGUAACAAGGUUCAAUAUCAUGGUAAACUACCGCCUAUACUUAACCCAGUUGAUGUGACAAAUGACCAAAGGACCUUGCAUACACCGGGGAAGAUUCCGUCUUAUGUUAUCAAUCACUGUCCCCUUGUGCAUCUGUAUAGCGAGGAGAAAUAUUGGCCCUCGGAUAUUGCCGAGUACGUGCAAAACUUUCAAAUCAAAGAUAAAAAAGGCAAUUCUAUGCCUACUCAUGAAAACUUGACGCUACAUGAUUUGAAGGCCGGAUACAAUGCGGAUUUGUUUGGCAAUGGGACGGAAAUCCAUAUUCCCAGCAGCGAAGUAUUUUUGACCAGUUUGGAUGAUUUCGACAAGGAUCCUAAAUGGUUGCUGGGCCAUCCACCAGAGUACGGAACAGGCUACAACUCCAAGGCGCCUGCAAUUCUGAUCGUGGUAGACAAGGGAAACGGCUGGGUCGAUGCGUUUUGGUUCUUCUUCUACCCAUUCAACCAUGGUCCUUUUAUUAUGGGCCAAGGUCCCUGGGGCAAUCAUGUUGGUGACUGGGAACACUCUUUGGUUCGGUUCUAUAACGGCAUUCCGAAAUAUCUUUGGAUGAGUGCGCAUUCAAGUGGGACCGGCUAUAGGUACGAAGCCGUUGAGAAAGUGAAGAAAUUGCGUAGAAGGAACCAUCAAGAUAAUGAUGAAGAUGAAGAUGCCAUACUGGAAAGGCCGUUAAUUUUCAGUGCCAGAGGCACUCAUGCUAAUUACGCAUCUGCCGGGCAACAUGCUCACGAUAUUCCCUUUUUUUUUAUGCCCUUGAGUGAUUUUACCGAUCGCGGUCCUCUGUGGGACCCAUCUCUGAAUUUUUACUCUUACACUUAUGAUGGCAAAACCGUGACACCUUCCACAGAAAGAGAGGAAUCUUUAGGCUUGGAUUGGUUGCACUUCCAAGGUGGAUGGGGUGAUAAACAAUUACCUGCUAAAGAUCCAAGACAAAAAUGGUGUUUAGCCCAAUGGAAGUAUAUUGGAGGUCCUCGUGGCCCCCUAUUCAAGAAACUGGAUAGGUUAAAUUUGUGCGGUGGUGUGAAAAAAUGGAAUAUUCGGAAUGGUGGCUGUCCCGCAAGAAGAUUUAUCAAGAAAGCAGAAGGGUUGGACGCUGAAAAUACAGACCUUAUGGGUGACAACUGUGGUGUCUUACUUUACAAAAUCAGACCAAAGUGGUUGAGAGGAGUUUUGAGAUUUGUGAUGUGGAGGGGUAUGCUUUGUUCUCUUAUGGAAUUCUUCACUAAUUGA